ACUCUUACUAUCAGAGCAGAUACGGUAAAUCUAUUCAGCCAAUGCAGGGAUUGGAUUAUAUUUAAGUCGUUUAUUAUUUUGUGAGUGAAAGUACAGUCAAUCUUCAGUGUCUUCGAGACGCUGCUGUUGGUUAGUGGUAAUAUUUAAGAAAUGAUUAUGUACGUCAUUACUUGUUUAUUGCUGAUAUUCUUUAGCCUGUUGAUAAACAAACACAAAUUUAUUGUCAACAUAGUUAAAACGUUGCCCCGAGAUUUUCUAGCAAUUCGACGUAUGCUUAAGCUAAACUGGAGACUGAAUGAAGUUGAGAAAAACGGAGACACUAUUUGCAAGAUUUUUGGGCAAAUUGCCAAAAAAUAUCCUCAUAAAAUAGCUUUAUAUUACGAAAAUGAGAAGUGGACUUAUAGAGAGCUUGAUUUGUUCAGCAACCAGAUAGCAAACUAUUUUGCAAGCAAAGGAUACGUAAAACAUGAUACUGUAAGUCUACUACUUGAGAACAGGCCGGAAUAUAUAGCAAUAUGGCUUGGUUUGUCAAAAAUUGGAGUUAUUACAGCUUUGAUAAAUACAAACUUAACUUCCAAUCUUCUGAUCCAUUCUCUGAAAGUAGCAAGUAGCAAAGGAUUUAUUUUUGGAUCUGACUUUUCAAAAGCUGUUUCUGAUAUAACUGACUCCAUUGCCGACAUACAUUUAUUCGAAUUCAAUGAUAAGUGUAAAGAUGAAUUGUUACAGCAACCUUCAACUUUACCAGACGAGAUAUUAAAUGUAAAACUGAAAGAUACGUUAUGUUAUGUUUAUACAUCUGGAACAACCGGUCUACCCAAAGCUGCCCCAAUAUCACACAAAAAGCUUGUUUUUCUUGGUUACACAAUUACUUACAUGUUAGGAUUGACAGAAAAGGACACGUUUUAUAAUCCAUUACCAUUAUACCACGUGGCUGGAGGUUUAUUUGCCAUUUCCCAAACACUAUUAGUAGGGAUUCCCAUAGUCUUAAAGAAGAAAUUUUCUGUCAAGAACUAUUGGACGGAUUGUGAGAAAUUUGGCUGCACAAUUUCUAACUACAUAGGAGAAAUAUGCAGAUAUUUAUUAAGUGUUCACAACCCCGAUAAACCAGUCAAUCAUAAGGUUCAAAAAAUGUUCGGUAACGGUCUAAGACCGGAGAUGUGGGAUGCAUUCGUUAAAACGUUCAAAAUUCCACAUAUGUAUGAGGUAUACGGAUCUACUGAGGGCAAUGCAUCUCUUGUUAAUCUGGACAGUAAAACUGGAGCAAUAGGAUUUUUACCUAUAUGGGCAAAAUUUUUAACUCCAGAAUCUAUCAUCAAGUGUGAUCCGGAUACAGGAGAGCCCAUAAGAAAUUCAAAGGGUUUUUGCAUAAGAUGUAAAACAAACGAACCAGGGUUGAUGGUGGGAAAAAUAUCUACCAAGAAAGAAUUCUUAGGAUACACAGACGAAAAGGCUACACAAAAGAAGAUUUUACUAGAUGUUUUUACAAGAGGAGACAGAUAUUUUAACACUGGCGACAUUUUAGUACAAGACGAAUUGGGAUACUUCUAUUUCAAAGACAGAACUGGAGACACUUUCAGGUGGAAAGGAGAAAACGUAGCAACUAGUGAAGUUGAAGGAGUUGUAACAGGUUUCUUGAAGUUUUACGAUGUUAUAGUUUACGGUGUAGAGAUACCCGGUACUGAAGGAAAGGCCGGCAUGGUAGCCAUCGUCGAUCAAAGCAAAACCAUAGACUUAAAAGAACUAGCCAAAGAACUGAAAUGUAAACUACCAUCUUACGCCAUACCCAUAUUUUUAAGAAUACUCUUAUCUGCUCCAAUUACAGGAACGUUUAAAUUGCAGAAAGUCGAUCUGAAAAAAGAGGGUUUUGAUGUGAACAGAAUAAAAGACGAUCUGUACUUUUAUGACGCCAAAGUGUCAGAAUACGUUCCCCUGACGACUGAAAUCUAUGAGAAUAUUAUAAGUGGCAAAAUUAAGUUAUAAUUUAAUAUUUUAUGUGACAUAAAUUGCUUGCAUGUUUUAGACAAAUUUUAGAUUUAUAUUUAUAUAAGACUGAGUAGUUACGGUGUUAUAAAUAAAAUAGGUAUUUAAUAUUUUUAUACCAGUAAAGAAGAAUUUUAUAAAAUAAAACAACCUCAAUA